AUGUAUUGGCCCAAUGGAGUCCCCCGGGUUUACGCGGUCAAUGGCCCAGACAUCGCCGAGAUCCAUUCGAAUGUCGAAGGCGAGCCGGUCCCUAGCACUCAGCGGGAGGAGGGCAGCUCCACAGAUGGGAGGCCAGUUCCAAAACCGCAUGAAGUUCCAGAGGAGAAGGUCCGGGAGUCAGGAACCGAGGCACCGCCAGCGAAGGAUAAGGUCAAAUGGGAGAACGAAGCUAUCAACGGACUAUGUGUGUCUCGGUCAGGGCAUAUCUUUGCCACUAUCACCGAGUCAUCUCUGUCUUUAUGGCAGACCAGGCCGACGGCGGUCGUAUCUGCAAUCGCGCGAUCUGCAUAUUCCCUCCAAACGUACGGCCCCAAUGUGGCUGUCCUGAUGCAUCCUGAUUCAACGAUAUUGGUCGUCCAAACACUCCACGGAUACCUACUCACGUACGCGGUAGCAUCGGACCCCUCGACCCGAGUUUACCAACAACGGUUCGAUCAUUCGACACAUCCGCGUCGCCAACAAUUAGCACAUUUUGCCGCAGUCGAAGAAUCGAACGUGGUUGAAGAUAUCAGCAUCAGAUUUCGCAUGGCUAUAAAAAUCGAGUCCGGUAUCGUCAAAGCACUGGCAUUGGAUAAGGAGUUAGUCGUUGCAACGCUCAAACCUCCUGCGAUACAGUGUAUCCGGUGGACGCCAGAGGCAGGUGGAACACAGACCACCUCAGAAAUGCUGAACAAAAUCCUCGGAGUCCCUAAAAAUGUUACUAUCGUGGAUAUGGUGUAUGAUCGUGCCAUGAACCUGUUGAUCUGGCUAACGAGCAGUGGCCAAGCUUUUACCGUGCAGCGGUAUACAGGACCGCAGCCAGACGAAGCUCAUCAAAAGUUAUUCCAUGGCCAUUGCUUCCAUGAGCCUAAAGACGAUGGAGAAAAAGCUCUGAAGGUGGCCGUUAAUGCACGCUUUUCCCUGCUGACAAUUAGCUGUGCCAAUGGGGAAAUCUUGGUUUAUACUGCGAAAGACUAUACGGGUAAUGUGCCGCUGUCGCAGAAGCUUCAGCUUCCAGCUACUCCCAAUACCACUGGAACUCUGACUUUCAUAAACUACUCGCCGGACGGGUACUGUCUAUUUGCUGGAUAUGAAAACGGUUGGACAACUUGGAGUGUUUUCGGGAAGCCAGGGGGAAAUAGCUUCACAGUGGACCCAACACUCGCAAAAGCAAAUAAAGAGGACUGGCUCACGGGUGUUUCCAAUGGCUGUUGGAUCGGCGGUGGGUCGGAUAUCAUCCUGUCCGGGAACAGCGAUCGUCGUCUUUGGAUUCUAGAAACAGCAAGGAGUGCAUUGACGGGAUGCUUUUCCGCUGCCAAUCUCGCUCGGGGACUACUGCAGACCGGCACAGAAUUUAUUCUCUAUCGCGGUCAUGAUCUCCCAGAGCUGAUGACUAUAUCAGGAAAGGAUUCUUUAUGGCAUCAUGCUCAGUAUCCUCCUGCAUAUCUCCAUUCACAAUGGCCUAUCCGGUCUUCUGUGGUUUCUCCCGAUGGGAGAUAUAUUGCAAUUGCAGGCCGCCGUGGAUUGGCGCAUUACAGUGUUAAUAGUGGACGCUGGAAGGUCUUUGAAGAUGCCAAAGUAGAAAAUUCUUUUGCUGUCCGAGGUGGUAUGUGUUGGUAUGGACACAUCCUGAUCGCUGCUGUCGAGAGCGAUGGGUCAUAUGAGAUUCGGCUCUACUCGCGAGACGCAGCCCUCAACAACAACACUAUCAUGUUUAUCGAAUAUCUUCCUUCGCCUGUGGUGUUCAUCGGACCAUCGGGGGAAGAUUCCCUGCUCGUUUAUACCUACGACAACAUUCUGUAUCACUAUAUCAUCAAUUCGGCUCAGCCACAGAUCACUUUGGUUCCCGUGGGUCAGAUCGCUUUCAACGGGAUUGUUCGAGCACCUACUAGAGUUCGGUCAAUCAGCUGGGUUUUGCCAGAAGAACAAAUGCGCAAUGGCGACCCUUCUCAGGAUGUGAAGGUUGCAUCCGUUAUUCUUUUGGUCGAUGGCAACCUCGUUCUAUUACAGCCGACGGUAUCGGACUCCGGGGACCUGAAAUACGAUAUGCGUGUGAUCUCUCAUGAUGUGGAAUACUACAUGUUGAUGCGUGAUCAGAUGUCUUUCAACUUCUCACCCCCUGUGGAUGAGUCUCUCCCCGCCAGUCCUUCAGCAGAAAUGGUCCUCAAGCCAUCUUUCAGCAACUUAUCGUUACGAGACUCUCUCUGGAUUUUCCGAGGCAAGGAUCUCUUGGCAUGGAAUGAUGUUCAGGAUGUUUUGCAACAAGACACGGUGCCGGCACCGGUCAAUAUACCCCUCGACUUCUACCCUCUUUCGGUAAUAUUGAACAAAGGCAUUGUCCUGGGUGUGGAAUCCGAGAUGACACAACGGCGUGAUGUGACAUUUACAAGCCUUAAAUUCGCGAUUCGAGUAAGCUUUGACCCUCCCUAUGGAAUUGACAUCUUUCUGACAUCCCGUAAGACCCACCUCUUCCUCCCUUACUUCCUCCAGCACAGCCUGAUCAAUCUCGGCACUCCCGCUGCGCUGUCUCUAUGUCGGCACUUUUCUCACCUCUCCUACUUCGCCCAUGGCCUGGAGAUUCUGCUCCAUCAUGUCCUGGACGACGAAGUCGACAACCAAAGCCGUGCCAAUAAAACGGAUGAUCCCUCCAACCGAGAAGAACCUCUCCUCCCUGUUGUCAUUGCCUUCUUGCAAGCAUCUCUACCUGCGCGUGAGUUUCUCGAUAUUGUAGUCCAGUGCACCCGCAAGACAGAGCUCCGCUUUUGGCGCACCCUUUUCACAUAUUUGCCCGCGCCAAAGGAUCUCUUCGAGCAAGCACUGCGACUCGACGCUCUCAAAACAGCUGUCGGAUACCUCCUCGUCCUUCAGUCCUUUGAAGACGAAGACCAUCACCACGACGGCCGCAUCGAAGAAUACGUUGUCCGGCUCAUCGGGCUUGCCUCACAGAAGGGAGACUGGGAGCUGUGCGCUGAACUUGCUCGCUUUCUUAUCGCGCUUGAUUCCUCAGGCGAAAUGCUACAGCGUGCGAUUGGGCGCGUCGGACUUCGCACGAGGCAUCCUCGCAAUGCAAAUGGAGCCCAAUCCCGGUCAGAGUCUGUUGCGAGCAUUAAAGGUCUUGGGCUGAGUCUUCCUACUCGCACUCCGUCCUGGGGCUCUAUCUCACCGGUUUCAUCUUUGUCCCCGCACCGAGAAGGAGAAGUCUCCGAUGGAUAUGCAAAUUCCAUGGCCAGUAGAGAUGGGCCGUGA